AUGGCAGCCAACAGUGUGUAUCUCUACCGUCAUGUUCAAACCAAGCAAAUCUUGCUUGGCACCAUGAAUGCACCUGUACGUUUAAGAAAGGAUUUAUGGCGCCCUUUAGUUGCUUUAACCGGCUUCCAAACACCUCAAUCAGCACAAGCAGUAACCGAUGCGCUUUUGCAACGUUCAAAAGCACGUCAAGUGGAAUUACAAACCAGCCCCGAUCAUGUUGCCAGACCUAAACGUUUGCGAGUCGUCGAUGAAUUGGAUCUGGUAGAGACAUCCAUCGUUUCAUUGCGUGAAGCUUUGGAAUCCGUAGCACCAAAAGAGAAUUUAUUAGCCCUCUGGGAACAACCUCAAUUCAUGGAAAUGAAGGGUGACAAGGCAUGGCCUAGCUUUUUAGAGCACGGUCAAUUAGAAUUAAAGAACAACCGUUUUGUCAAGGAAACAAAAUAA